AUGGCUCGCACCAAGCAAACCGCUCGCAGAAGCACCCAAGAUGAGCCCAUCGACGAGGAGGAUCAGAACGAGAUCAACGGCACUCUCACUGAGGAAGAAAAGAAGCGCCGCGAGGAACUCGAGAAGGCUCCCAUGCAGAUCGAGCUGAAGCAUCUCGAGAAGCGAUGGACCAAGAAGGGCCGGGCGUAUAUCGCCGAGCCUAAGGAGGAUGAAGAUGUCCCUGAGGAGAAGACCAACUGGUAUGAAAAGUACGCUCUUUGCAUCACCCGCGAGUACAACAUGCAAAACGAGUUCGUCUGCCGCACAUCCCUCGAAGUCAACUCUCCCUCGCUCAAGACCAUCCUCAAGGACGUCAUCGGUGGCAUAUACCCGGGCCAGUCCUACAUGACGUCCGACAUCUCCGUCGCCUUCCCCCCUCGCAGUCUCUACCACUAUCGUGACGACCUCGCCGCCGCGGGCAACGACCUCGACCCCGACUCCGAAGGCGCCCGCCACCUCCCCCUCCUCCUCGCCUUCAUCGACGAGCACUUCGCCGACACCAUCAAGAACACCACCAACCUCCUCGGCCAGCGGCUCAUCAGCUACGAGUACCUCUGGACCAUCUUCCGCCCGGGAUGCCUCGUCUACGCCACCCGCCUCAGCCAGGCCCGCGCCUACAAGCUCCGCUCGUACGACUACGUCUGCGGCCAGUGCCCCGGCCUCCGCCUCGGCGUCGAGUACGUAGACUUCGACGGCGACGACUUCGGUACCCGUUUCGAGUACCUCCAGAUCCCCGCGUUCCAGGGCGCCGUCGAGGUCGCCGCGCUCAACGCCAUGCCGCUCGCGCACCACCCCUCUCCCGAGGCCGUCACGGCCCUCCUCACGCACCGCGGCCGCCGCUUCGAGGCCCUCGCGGGCCAGAACUUCCGCGAGUACAAGGGCGUCGCGCUCGACGAGCGCAUGCGCCGGUACAACAUCGACGGCCGCGUCAUGGUCGACGCGCAGACGCACCACCGCAUCAACGCCGACGCCGCCUUCACCGUCACCGCGUUCCCCAAGACCGCCGGGCAGAAGCGCAAGCAGGCGCUCGACAGCGACGAGAUGGACCUCGUCCCGCGCGAGACGCCCGCCGACAAGUUCGCCCCGCUGACGGACGAGCAGGCGCUGCUGGCGGCCCCGACGGUGCGCGGGUUCAGCUUCGCGGAGAAGCGCUUCUUCGACUUCUUUGUCGACAAGAUUCGUGACAUCGAGUGGAACACGCAGUGCUUCGAGCAGCUCGUCCUGCCAGAGACUCAGAAGGAGCUCGUGCAGGCGCUCGUGGCGGAGCACACGGCGCGCGCGACGGCGGGGGCCGAGUUCGACGACAUCGUCAAGGGGAAGGGCAAGGGCCUGAUCCUGGUGCUGCACGGCCCGCCAGGCGUGGGCAAGACGCUGACGGCGGAGUGCGUGGCCGAGUUCAGCCGGCGGCCGUUGUACAUUGUGUCCUCGGGCGACCUGGGCACGUCGGCGGAGGCGCUGGACGAGAAGCUGGGGCAGACGCUUGAUCUGGCGUCGACGUGGAAGGCGGUGCUGCUCAUCGACGAGGCGGAUGUGUUCCUCGAGCGGCGGUCGCUGCAUGAUUUGGGAAGGAACAGCCUUGUGUCGAUUUUCCUGCGCACGUUGGAGUAUUACUCGGGCAUCCUGUUCAUGACGACGAACCGCGUGCGGACGUUUGACGAUGCGUUCAAGAGCCGGAUCCACGUGCCGCUCAAGUAUGACGAUCUGCCCAAGGAGAGCCGGCUGAAGGUGUGGAAGAACUUUCUGGCGGGCGUCGAGGGAGGGGUGGAGGUGGACGAGGAGGGGUACGAGAGGCUUGCGGAGGGAAACCUCAAUGGGCGGCAGAUUAAGAAUGUGGUGCGCACGGCGAAGAGCCUGGCGGCGCAUAAGAAGCGGAAGCUGGAUGUCGGGCAGCUGUUGCAGGUUGUGGAUAUCCAGAUGACGUUUGAGAGGGAGCUGGGGGAUGGGGGUGUCGAUGAGGUUGAGCGGUAG